UUACUAACAUGUGAAAUUAUAAAAGAGAAAUUUUUUUGUGCUCAGCAUAAGUAAUUGAAGCUAUUGCCGGUAAAGUUAAGUUUAGAAUUCAAAUUGCAAUGAAUAAGGCGUAUUAUUUAUUAACUUUUAUUCUUGUAGCUUCGGCAAUCAUCACCGAAGUGAAAUCUCACCCUCAUCAAAAAUUUACUAUACCUGAAACAGAACGAAUCUGUGCAAGCCAUUAUGGUAUUAAUAUAACAUUGAGCGAAUAUAUAUUAAAUGGCACUAAAAAUAUAAAAGAAGCUAUAGGAAAAGAUAUAUUACCUUGUGCUAUAGGGUGUUACAUGAAAGGAUAUGGAAUAAUUACUCCUGCGGGUUAUUUUGAUGCCAAAACUUUCUUAUUUUUACUACCCCACAUGUCCAGGGACUUACACUUAGACGAUGAUACAGUAAAUUCUGUUAAAAAUUGCGAUGAUAUAAAAGGCCAUUGUGUUUGUGACACAGCUCAAAACAUUGUAAAAUGUAUGCCACCCGUAUUGAGAGAAUAUUUUCAGAAAAAGCAGUGGUUGUAAUUUUAAAUAAUAUUAAUUGUUUUAAUAUACAAUGAUAAAUUUAUAAAAUGCUGACAAAGUAAUAUGAUUUUAUAAAUUUUUGAUUUUUUAAAUAUUUUGUAUGAAAACGAAAGAUAAUAUUAGAAUUUUAAGCUAUACUUGUAUGCAAAAAAAAAAAAUUAUCAUAAUAAAAAAAAAGUAUAACUAUUA